UCAUUUCGUCUCUUUCGCGUCUAGUUUCUGACAGUCCAGUUGCUUUUCACAGCCAUUGUAAGAUGUCGAAAAAGAUUUUGAAACCAAAAGUCUGUAUAGCAGAGUUAUGUACAAACAGAAGUGAUUCAACAGACAAAAUUUUUAUAAGUGUGCCUGCCCCAGCAGAGAAAGUAAGAAGAUGCGAUUGGCUAACAGCCUAUGGACUUGGUCAAAACGACUUAAGCCAAAAAAGUCAUCUUUACGUCUGUGAAAACCAUUUCAAAAUGGAGGUUGAUUGCCUAAACUACAAAAGUGGCCGUAGAAAAACAAUUUUGAUGAACAAGAAUGUCAUACCUCACAGGUUUCUUAGGCAAGAAGAUUCACACUCAACUGCUGUUGUGGUUGAAGAGGCAGCGAAGACAAUAGCCAGUGUAUCAAAACAAACUAAUGGGAUGUUUUCACAAGUGGCUUAUGGUUUUGAAUCCUCAUUGACUGAAGUUCCCCAAUCAGCUGGCGUUGUGGCUGAUGAUGCAGUGAAGACAAAAGCCAGUAUAGCAAAACAAACUGAUGACUUCUUUUCACAAGCAACUUGUGAUGUAGACAGUUCAUGUGAAAAAGAAUCUGCAUUGACUGAAGCUUUUUCCUGGCCAACUAUCAUAGGCACAUCAGUUGACAAGGCUGAUAAGGCAGUAGCAACAGUCCCUAUUUUUUUGAAAAAUGUUGGUGUAAACACUGACAGUACCUUUAAAGUUGACGUAACAGUAAGAAGUAGAGCAGUUCAAACAAAUGCAAUUGAUUUUGCUAAACAUGGGUUGCUUACAAAUGUAUCCUGUUCCCCGUUUGGCUCACAGUGGAAAGUUUGUUGUUCUUUUAUGUUGUCUGAACUAAUUAUUUUUUUUUAUCACAGAGAAUUGGGCUGUGGCAAAAAGCUACGAGGUUCGGCUCGCAAAGAACCCAGAUUCAGAGCUGAAUACGGAUGCUGGAGGACCUCUUGGUCAAAGAAAGAGAAAGGUACCAGAGCGGUACAGCCCACCGCCAGCCUCUGGUAUACCGCUGAAGAAGUCCGCAAAUAACGUACUACAGCGCAGAUUGAGCAAGACAUGGUCCAACGAGUCAGAUGACCCGCCUUACCCUAGUGUUGCUGAUGCCUCGGAGAAGAUUCCUGUUACCGCAUCAUCAAACAAGCCAGUCCCUGAAAGUCAGGUCGAUAUGUUUGAAAUUUUAUCCGACGAUUCUGGUAACAAAAGACCGGUGCUUAAUUCAUCAAGCCACAGUAAGGCGAUGGUUCCUGUAAAGCAGACUUCAAUGGCAGCUGAUUGUGGUUCUUCGACGAUCAAGUCGGUUGUAGGCAAGACCGUCACAUCAAAGCCAUCUACUACUUUAGAGAGCAAACUGCUCUUUACUUGUGUUCGCUCUUUUCCGGAGAAGAAAAUGGCUCCUUUUAUUUCUUCAAAGAAGGCUGGGCUUGUAUCUUCUCCUGAUGUGGCUUCAAAGAAAAGGGUUUAUCCAUUAUCCAACCUUCAAAUCGAGAAUGGAAGUCACGGUCUCAAGCGGACGACAACGCUUGUAAACGCUUCAAAGGGAAAUAGCCUUAAGAAUUCGAAAGAGUCCCGGAAAUACGAAGAUGCGAGGUCCGUUUCUCCCAUACGUCCGUUUCAACUUGCCAUCAAGGAGAAUGUUUCGUAUAAUUCACCGGUGGCUGUAAAUACGAUGGUGAAUAAGCAAAAGAGCAUCAAAUAUCUCAUCAAGAAACCAGAGACCGCAGUUACGAAAUCUUUCAGCCUGCCCACUCCUGAACUUCGUCAUAAGGAUGUACUAAACUUAAACCACAGCGUCCGUGCAAAACCUACUGAUGACAAGAUUUCUGAAGUUACGCUGAGGAAAGUCAUUAACAUAGAGCGGAUGAUGCAAGAGUUCCUCGUUAAUCAAGGCCCCAUCCUCGCUUUCAUUGAGAGAACAAAUUCUGUGGUGACGGAAAGAGAUUUAUUCCCGUUUCCCGUCGACAAUGAGAAAAAUUUUGCCUUAUUCUUAGUUCUUCUCGAAAGUCCGGAAGAUGUUGCGAAACUCAUGACUGGCAGACUAAGUUCACUUGGAGGCAACAAUCUUGACGAUCGAAUCUGCAACAUAUGGGCUGCAAUUAUUACCGACAAGUGGGGUAUGUCCCUCUCCUGGGCCGGUCGUGACGCUAGCAAGUACGCAGUAAAAAACACAAAGCUGUUUCAUUUCAUUUACGAUUUGGUCCGCUCAAGCAUCUCUUAUACGAAUGUCGAACAGUCAGCAGUAGAAGAAACCUCGAAAAACUGGAUCUACAAAGCUGGCCGGCGUUAUCUAAGAGCUCAAGCAACAGCCGGAAAGCGGACUCGUCUGGACGACGAAGAGGACCCUCGCGAAGGAAUGUCGUCUGCCGAAAUUGGUGCAAUCGAUGGCUACUACGAGAAAGAGAUGGACCUCGAGGACGGCAAACAAGAAUCCCAGAUUGGUUCCGACGAAGAGCAAAACGACUCCGAAUCAUCCCAAUCUAUUGGAAGCUAAGACGUCUCGUCAUUUUCUUCAUUUAAUCAAGAUUACGUUUUCUUUAACAUUUAAUACUUACAUGUCUGUUCUUGUCAUCAAAUGUUGGUGUACCCGUGUCGUUCUCUAUCUUAUGA